UCGGCCAAUCCCCUUAUCAGUUUUUGUUUCGAUUGAAUUCCCCUUAUCAAAACAACUUUGAAUCCCGCAUCAGAUUCUCUCACCCUCCCUCUCUUUCUUCGUCAGCAAACCAGCAAUGAACAAAUACUACGAAUUUUAAUAUACAGUCAACUUAAUUAUUUUUCAAAUUCAUUUGGUCCACUCUGAUUUUCCUUGUCCCAUACUCAAUCAAAAACCCCCAAAUUGAUUGAUGAAUAUUUGUUAAAAAUUAGUCUCUAUCAUACCCAGAAUUAGAUUCUCGACAUUGACAUUUCUAUCGUUCUGAAUUUUAAUAUUUUUGAAGAAAAAAACCCAAUAAGAACAAUCAAAUUUGUGGGUUUUAUUUGAUUUUCUUUUUUUCUUUUUAAUAAUUUGAUGGGUGUUAUGAAUGACAAUGGAGGAGAAUGCUUAAUGGGUUUCAGAGGCUUAAGAAGAAGAAAGCAAGUUGACUCUGAUAAUCUCAAGAUUAAUCGUGGUGAUCAACAAUUGGCCAAGAGAUUAAAUGCUAUUGAUCUUGUUGGAAUUGGUGUUGGAACCACCAUUGGUGCAGGGGUUUACAUUCUCAUUGGGACUGUUGCAAGAGAACAGACAGGCCCGGCCCUUCCUAUUGCUUUCUUAAUAGCUGGGAUAGCGGCUGCCUUGUCUGCAUUUUGCUACACAGAGCUUUCCUGUCGUUGCCCUUCAGCUGGAAGUGCUUACCAUUAUUCAUAUAUAUGUAUUGGGGAAGGUGUUGCUUGGAUAAUUGGCUGGGCUCUAACACUGGAGUAUGCCAUUGGUGCUUCAGUUGUGGCUCGUGGUGUUACCCCAAAUUUGGCCUUAUAUUUUGGAGGAGAGGGAAAUCUUCCGUUAAUACUUGCCCGUCAUACUAUGUUUGGCAUUGUAGUGGACCCAUGUGCUGCAGCCUUGGUCAUCAUAGCCACAUUACUUUUAUGCACUGGAAUCAAGGAAAGCUCCUUGGCUCAGACAAUUAUUACGUCUAUAAAUGUUUGUGCACUGGGUUUUGUAAUUGUGGCUGGUGGGUACCUCGCCUCCAAAAAUGGAUGGGUUGGAUACGAUCUUUCAAAUGGGUACUUACCUUUUGGUGUCAACGGAGUGCUUGGUGGGUCUGCAACUGUAUUCUUUUCGUAUAUUGGAUUUGAUUCAGUUACUGCCACUGCCGAGGAGGUUAAAAAUCCUAAGAGAGACUUACCCUUGGGAAUAGGGAUCUCGUUAUCCCUAAGUUGUAUACUUUAUAUGAUUCUUUCUUUUGUUAUUGUUGGGUUAGUUCCUUAUUAUGAUUUGAAUAAGGACACCCCAAUUUCAUCAGCAUUCUCCGAGUACGGCGUACAGUGGGCAGCUUUGAUCAUAACAACUGGAGCAAUUAUGGCCCUGCUUGCAGCUUUGAUGGGAUCACUUCUUCCUCAGUCUCGAAUCCUGAUGGCCAUGGCUAGAGAUGGCUUGCUACCGUCCUUCUUUUCUGUUAUUGAUAAACGCACCCAAGUUCCGGUGAAGGGAACAAUAGCAGUUGGUAUUCUUGCUGCUGCAAUUGCAUUCUUUAUGAACGUGUCAGAGUUGGCCGGAAUGGUCAGUGUGGGUACAUUGCUCGCAUUUACUUCAGUUGCAAUAUCGGUAUUAGUAAUCAGAUAUAUUCCACCAAAUGAAUUGCAUCUUCUAGCAUCUGCUGGUGAAUCUUCUUCUGCAACUGGUGGCCAUGGUCAAAGUAUGCCAGGAGCUGACGAGGACGUUGUUAAGGGUUCUUUUACUUUGUUGGGGAAUGAUUGCGAAGAUCUAAUUCUGAAAAGGGACCCAUGUGAUGGAGCAUCUAUUGACCAAGAAGCAUAUUUAGAUAAUCAAAAGGGGCAAAGAAGACGGAAAUUGGCUACAUGGUUCUUAACUACUAUUUGUAUAGGUGUUAUUGUGCUUACAUCUUCUGCCUCGGCAGAAAGCCUUCCAAGCCCCAUUCGCAUCACACUUUGUGGAGUUGGUGGUGUUAUUUUCAUGCUUGGGACGAUUGGCCUUGCAUUCAUAGGCCAAGAUGGUGCAGCAGGAAGAUUUGGACACACAGGAGGUUUCACAUGUCCAUUUGUUCCAUACUUGCCAGCUGCUUGUAUACUUCUAAAUACAUAUCUUCUUAUAAAUCUUGGCAUAGGGACUUGGAUUCGCGUAUCAGUAUGGCUGCUAAUAGGAGCAUUAGUUUACCUUUUCUAUGGCCGAACACACAGCUUACUGUUAGAUGCAUCAUAUGUACCCAUUACUCAUACUGAAGAUAUAUAAAUUAUUCUUAGUUUCAUCCAAACUGCCACAGGAAACAACAGGACUUUACUGAAUUUCUUCGGUGUACUUCAUCGCAUUCAUGCUGGGGUGGGAGAACCAUGCUCGCCGACCAGCAAAUAUUAUGUGCAUAAUUAUUUGGAAAAAUCACAGAUUCAUUGACAAUGUCGUUGGAAUUGUACAGUCAAAAUGUAUAUUGUUACAAAAGGGUGUUCAAGGUCUUCAUAGCAACACCCCCAUCAAGAAUUUAUGUUGUUGUUUGGUAGUUGUAAUUUCAUCGUAGACCAGACACUAUAGACACAUUUUAUUGACAUUGGUGAGUGAUUAAGUGUUUUAUACAUUGUA